AUGCUCCCUCCCUCGCUGAAGCUCAACUAUACUCCCGGCGAGAUAUUCGUCAGGGCAGAGAAACUAGUUCAACAACUUCACCAUGGCAUUGAUGAACUUUUAAAAUCUGUUACGACCCGAGACUCGACCUUUGAAAACACUGUUGUUCCAAUAGGCCAUAUCUUCAACGAACUAGACGAGGGGCUGGCCCCCAUUCAGUUACUUGAGAGUGUCUCUCCCUUGGCUGAUAUUGUUUACCAAUCUGAAGGUGUCUUUGAAUUAAUCGACAGUGUCAAGCAGGCGAGACCACGACAUUUGGACGAAGAGGCGGAGAGAUUGCUGUCUGUUUUACAUGAACAAUGUAUAGACCAUGGACUGAAGUUGCCCGCGGAAAAACGAAAUAGUCUAGCGAAACUUACGAGGCGCUGCUCGGAGCUUACAGCCGAUUUUAUAAAGAAUCUGGGACUUGAUCCAGGGAGCCUUUGGUUCUAUGAAGACGAAUUGAACGGCUUGUCGAAAGCAACUCUUGGAGGAUUGGACAGCAAUGACUUGGGCCAACGAUGCGUUCACCUCUACAGAACGACAGCAACCGUCGUUCUCAGGCAGUGCAAGGUCGAGAAAACCCGCCGGAGGAUUUUUGCCGCCCGAGAACAGCUUUAUUUCGAAAAUGUCGCUCUAUUUAAGAACAUAGUUCUGAUUAGAGACGAGUCGGCGCGCAUGCUCGGCUACUCGUCGUACCACCAGCAACUUGUGCAUCGUCGAAUGAUGAAGUCUCCCCAAGCAGUCAUGACAUUCCUCGAUGAUAUCGGUCGGCAACUUCAGCCGUUGGUGGCGAAGGAAUUGGAAACAAUGCAGGAGUUGAGCAGCAAUGGCAACCCGAUUCACCUCUGGGAUUUUCCUUUCUACCACGAAAAAAUGCUCCUGGACCGAUACGUGGAAAAGGACUUGGCGGCCGAGUAUUUCCCGACAGAUUUCGUGCUGCCUAGGAUAAGUGAUGUGGAGGUGUGGCAUGAGGACGUCAAAGUGUUUCGCGUGGUGGACUUGGUAGACCAGACUUUUGUCGGGUUCCUAUAUACGGACUUGUAUCCGAGGGUAGGCAAGUACAAUCAUGCUGCAAACUUUCCUGUCCGACCAAGCUACACUGACAGGCACGAUGCCCCAUCUCUAUUGCAGCAUUCCGACGUGGUAACCAUAUUCCAUGAACUUGGGCACGGAAUGCAUGACUUGAUGGGCCGCACAAAAUACGCCAUGUUUCACGGAUGGCGUGGCAGACGAGACUUUAUUGAAGCACCUAGCCAGCUCCUUGAAUUUUGGUGUUGGCUUCCUGAGACCUUGAAGAGUAUGAGCUGCCACUACUCGCAUCUGUCGAAACAGUAUAGAGGCCAAUGGAAACGCCAAAACCCGGAGGCAGCAAAUAUGCCCGAAGAAAAAAUACCCAAUGCGUUCGUCACGGCACUCGUUGCGGCGAAGAUGCUGAAUGUGGGUCUUUCCACUGCUCGUCAAGUUGGAUUGGCAUUAUUCGACAUGAAGGUUUAUAACCCAGCAUCUCAUAAAGAACUUGAGGACUUGGACAUUGCAAAGGAAUACUACGCCUGCAUAAGUAAGAUUUCCGGCCUGCAGGGACUGGAAGACGGGAGCGUUAAAGGACAUGGGUAUUGCACCACGCCUCACUUUGUCUAUGGUCAGGAGGCAAAUUACUACAGUUACACGUCAACUCGAAUGCUGGCAGCGGAUAUCUGGAGGACAUGUUUCGUCAAGGACCCUCUGAGCGCACAAGCAGGCCUGCGAUACAGACAGAUGGUGUUAGACAAAGGCGGCAGCAUGGACGAAAAGGAGAUGCUUACCGCCUAUCUUGGACGAGAGCCAAAUUUAGAUGCCUUUUUGGAGAGCAUCGGUAUUCUCAAUGCUGUGGUAUGA